AUGCUUGGUACUUUACCUUCUUCUUACCUCAAAUGGGUCUCAAAGAACUUACGAGCUGGAGAUUCUGAGUAUUGGGCAAAGCUUGCAGAUGAAGUACUCAAUGAUGAUGUUUAUAAAGAUAAGAUUGAAUGGGAAUUUGCAGAGAAAAUCCUCCAUGGAAGUAAUGAAACCAUAAAGGCUUUAGCUUCUGCAAAGAACAAGAACAGAGAAGAGAUAAGAUUGGUUGGAGCAAAAUCAAUUUCGAGCUUUUAG